AUGUCCUCAGGCCCCAUGAGCUGGUCCUCCCCCACCUAUCCUCCUAACGAGAUGUCCUACUAUGACACUUCGAAAAUGGGUCGCAUGGAAUAUUCUAGGAUGAUGUCACCAACCAAUCAAAACGCUUUAAAUUCUGGCGGUGGUUACUACCUGAACGGUAGAGGAAACGUCGGUGGCCAGGCGAUGAUGGGGGGCAUGAUGCGAUCGAACAUGGCUGUCGUGGAGCGUGGAGUGCCCUAUUCGUCACAGUUUUUCUUACUGAAUUUAUCGCUUUAUAAGCUCCAGCUGCCUCUAAUGGAUGUCAGAGCAGUUAUUUCCAUAAAACCUUCCAUCCACUCCUGA